CGUUGAGCACAGUUAAUUCACAGAUCUGUGCCUGCCCUGUCUUCUGAUCUUGAUUCUUGACAGGCCGAGCCGCGACAAAAACAUAUACUUACUCCUUUCUCUUUGUUUUAACAGUUUGCGACCAUCUACGACUGCAAUUUCGUUUGGCCGAUAUCCGUGGUAUUCUUAUAUAACCACUAAACUCAAUUGCAUACCCGAGAACGUGACACUGGCUCCACACAUCAACCAAGAAACACCAACCGGCAGCAUAUGGCUGCCCAGGAACUUGCCCGCUGGACACGCUUCGCCGCUAAGGGAGGUGUUGGGCGGUGUACAGCAACCGUAGAUUGUGUCGCAAGGGAAAUUGGUGAUCUCAUGUUUCUCAAGGACGAUGAAAUCACAGUGUUGAUGCAGCUUCCUGAAUCUGGGUAUUACUUGGGCUUCUGCGAAGGUGUUGUGGGACGUUUCUCUGGCGUAGACGUGAAAUUUCACGGGAAACUCAAGCGACCUAUCAUGGCAAAACGAGGAUCCCUUGGUGUUGCCGACACACGUCCCAUGUCACUUGAGCGGGCAUCACCGUCCUGGCCCGAGAGCUCCAGCGUCACAAGGGCAGGCAGUUCUAAUGCGAAUCGUCCUGGAAGUUCAGUGGCAAGAGCCGACAGUGUUUCAGACUCACGUCCCGGAGGCUCCCCAGUCAGACGGAAGCCACUCUCACCUGACAUGUAUCCAUAUUCGUCCUCCCCUGAGCGCCUGAGGGAAUAUGAGCGAACGAGGGGGCGUGCACACGAGUUGACAGCGUCUGUGUCUGGGUCAUCUGUGUACUCAGUUGUAUCAACGUCAAGUGCUGCCUCGACUACGUUCUCCGAUGGCGAUGGGUGGUAUAAUAGCGAGGAUUCGUUUUUGUCGAGCCGAGUGGUGCCGUCGUCUUCAUCCGCACAAAAUCGGUGCCUACCUCGUCUUCAUCAAUGGAUUCAAUGCCAACAUCUUCAUUAAACUCCACCCCAGCUACCUCGAGUGCGCAAUCGAUCCUUUCUUUGGGCUCAACACACAUUUCUUCUGCAGGAUCUGUGGAGAAGCUCCUUCAAUCUCUGUCGAAUCAUUCACCUUCGAUGUCUCAGUCCACGUCAGGUUCCAUUUGGCUCCUUGACCUCCGCGCCCACUUCAAAUUCGUCGUCGUCUUCCACCAAUUUCGUGACCAAUGCAACGAAAGGGCUGACUGUGGCUCCGCUGCGCCUCAGCAAGUCGCCGCGACUCACAGCGAGCCCGAUACCAUCGCCACUCUCCCAUCACGCUCACCAUCUUUCACGCUCCCCGCAAAGGGCAGUCCACCACGCUCACCUCUCCCUCCACCGCCAGCAGAAAUACCGCAGUCUCCGCCAU